AUGGUUAAAGUUUAAAUAUAUGAUUAAAAUGCCAUUAAAAAAAAGGAUUAAAUGUCUGACGAUGCAUCUUAAUUUAGCACCAGAAAUACUCCUAAGAUGUAAUCGCAACUUAUUGAUAAAAAUUAGGAUAAGAUUAUGCUUUAUUAAGUUUUCCCGAGCUCAAACAUAUUCUUAUGCGCUGGAAGAUUAAUUUAAGGUUCAUAGCCAAGGCCAUUUAUUUUUGCAAUAUUACUUAUAAUAGUACCUGUUACUUUACAUAUGAUAUUUAAAUUAGAAUAUGGCUAUUAUUAAGCUAUUUUUACUGCUUUGACUUUUUUUUAUAUGUUUAAAACUGCGUUUUAAGACCCAGGAAUAGUCCCAAGGGCAGAUAAUUUGGUUAAAGACUAAUAAAUUGAAGAUAUACCCAUUGAUAGAACCAAUUAAAAGUAAUUAGGAUAUCUGCUAAUUGACUAAAAUGGAUAAAAAGUGAAUUAUAGAAUAUGUGAUACAUGUGGAAUUUUUAAGGAUAAAGAUAGAAAACACUGUAGAUUAUGUGAUAAUUGUGUGACCGGAUUUGAUCAUCAUUGUAUUUGGCUAAAUAACUGCAUCGGAAGAAAUAAUUACAAAUCAUUUAUCCUCUUUUUGUUUUUUUUGUGUGCUUAACUUAUUUUUACAAUUACAUCUUGCUCAUGUUAUUUGAAUGAAGAAAUAUUAUCAAGAAUGGAUAAAUUUAAUGAGGUGAGACCUGAAUCAACUUAAAAUGUCUUAAAAAAGCAGCCUCUUCCAAUUUUUUUAAUUAUUUACAGCUCAAUUUUUAUUUUAUUGGUAGGUACUCUAUUUGUUUAUCAUAUAACUCUGAUAUUAAAUGAUACAACAACAGUAGAGCAAAAAAAAAGAUAUUGCAACGCAGUGCAGUAAUAAUAAUAAAACUCAGUAAGAAUAAAUUAUUGGCACAAUAUUAAAAAGAAAUUUCUUUGUGUCUCAUCUAAAUCUUACAUAGACUUUAGAUAAUAUUUAGAGGUGAAGUCAUCUAAAAAAAGUAAUUCACCUAUUAAAAAAGACUCUGAGUCUCUUACUCAAGCAGGUGCCUGCAAAGUAAAUGUAAAAAUCGAGGAAAAUGUAGCUGACUUAUUGUCAAAUCAUAAAUUACAAUAAACGUGCAUAAAUGUAUAAGUAAAUUAAACAAAAGACUUAUAAAAUUUAGUAUGCUCAUCCACUGAUGAAAAGCAAAACUGUAAAAAAAAUGAAUGUAUUUAAGAAUCAAAAGAUGAUCUAUUUUAAGAAAAUUAAGUCCCUGUAAAUGAAUUAAACUCCCAUUUAAACAAAAAAAGAAGUUUUCAAGUACACCAUUACAAUAUCUAUAAUUUAAACAAUUAAUAAAAAAACAUAACUAAAUCUAUAAAUCUAUGA